ACCAAAGACUUUGCAAAAUUAUUUGUAGGCACAUGAGGCUGGAGAAAAAGCAGGUGGAAGAGAGAACAGGCUCAGCAGCCUGUUUUCAGGCCUCUAGCCACUUGGAUUUAAAACCAUCACAUUUUUCCUUAGAGACAACAUGCUAACGUUUGGGUGAUAAUGAGUUCAGCUUCUGAUAGUAGCCAGACUGUUAAGUAAGCAUUCCUAGUUUUGCAGGAAAGAAAGUUGUGUUCUUUGGGAAGGCAGUGGGGGGAGGUGAGAAGACUCCCAGGUAGGAGUAGUUUUCAGAGCAUUAAAGGAUCUAAAGGCUCAAUUUAGGCCAUUGAGACUUAUCAUUGUCUUCAUGUCAUAUCAUAGAGAAGACAGAAGUUGGGAACUCAGAGGUGAGAGUACCCAGCGAUUCUGAGAGCGUAUUUCUUUUUCAGGGGAGGGGACAAUCAUGGAGGAGAUAAGGCAUUUACAGUCUAAGGAAUGGCACAUCUUUGUGGGGAGAUAGUGAAACUGAGGAUGUGAACUUUGAGGACGUGGCCAUUGUCUUCUCUCAGGAGGAGUGGGGGCUCCUUGAUGAGCCUCAGAGACUUCUCUACUGUGAUGUGAUGCUGGAAGUUUUUGCACUUAUAUCAUCUGUAGGAUAUGAACUUUGAGGAUGUGGCCAUUGCCUUUUCUCAGGAGGAAUGGGACCUACUUGAUGAGGCUCAGAGACUUCUGUACUGCGAUGCGAUGCUGGAAGUGUUUGCACUUGUGACAUCUGUGGGUUGUUGGCGUAAAACAGAAGAUGAGUCCUGUCCUGACCACAGUGUAUCUAUACAAGGAGAGUCACAGGUCAGGGCUUCUAAGACAGCACCAGCAACCCAGAGGACCCAUCUCUGUAAGCAGUGUGUCUCAAUGUUAAAAGAUAUUCUGCACCUGACUGAGUCACAAGCAACAUACUUUGAGCAGAAAGCCUCUUGUAGUGACACAUGUGGGAGAGAUUUCUGUUUCAGUGCAAACCCUCACCAGCAACAGCGGGAUUCUUGUGGAGAGAAGCCCUGGCAAGAAGCUAUGAACAGGGCCUCGUUUAUGACCAGAUUAAACUUCUGCUUAUCAGGGCUGCCUUCAACCAAUAGAGAGGUUGGGUUUGACUUCCAAGCUCUCUCAAGGAUUCUCCAGCACCAGACCCCUCUUAACACUGAGGAGCCACACAGUGGAACUCAGAUUUCACAGACAUUUCUCAAGGGAAAAAGUCAUCAUGAAUGGAGUGAACAUGAAAAAGCUGCCAGCCACAAGCAGAAAGUUUUUCAGUGUUACAGUGUGUGCUCUGGAGAAGUGAACUAUGAGAGUAACAAAUGUGGGAAAGUUUUUAGAUGUACUGUUAACUUCAAUAGACCCUGGAGAGUUCACACUAGAGAAAAGUCUUAUGAGUGUAUUGAUUGUGGGAAGCCCUUCCAUCAAAAGUCUUCUCUCACUAAACAAGACAAAGUUCACACUAGACAAAAAUCUGUCGAGUGUAGUGAAUGUGGGAAAUUGUUUAGGUGCAAUAGUCUCCUCCUUAAACACAAGAGAGUUCACACUGGAGAAAAGCCGUAUCAAUGUAGGGAUUGUGGGAAGUCCUUCAGUCAAACCUCUCACCUCAUUCAACACAAGAGAGUUCACACUGGAGAAAAGCCAUAUGAGUGUACUGAUUGUGGGAAGUCCUUCAGUCAUAGGUCUACCCUCACUGAACACCAGAGACUUCACACUGGUGAAAAACCUUAUGAGUGUAGUGAAUGUGGGAAGUCUUUUAGGUCCAAUAGUCAUUUUCGUUACCACAAGAGAGUUCACACAGGAGAAAAGCCAUAUGAGUGUAAUGAUUGUGGGAAGUCAUUCAGACAAAACUCUGCUCUUACAGAGCAUCAGAGAGUUCACACUGGAGAAAAGCCAUAUGAGUGUAGUGAUUGUGGGAAGUACUUCAGUAAUAGCUCUAACCUCCUUAAACACCACAGAGUUCACACUGGAGAUAGGCCUCAUGAGUGUAUUGAAUGUGGGAAAUCUUUUUGCUACAAAUCUGCCCUCGUUCGACACCUGAGAGUUCACACUGGAGAAAAGCUUUAAAUGUGAAGGCAACGUUUUAUCUUUCUCACUCAGAAUAAAAACACAAAAGGAGAAUCUUUUAGACCCAUUUAACUCAAUAUAAACCCCUUUUAUUGGACCAUAGACUCUGCUAGAUUCCUCAUAAGUUUCAUGUACAAGUGAGGCUUUAAAGAGCUUCAUUGCAUUUGCUAAUCUGCUCAGGCCUACAACCUGAUUUAUUCAUAGUAAUGUUUAUCGCUAGCUACACAUUUCCCCAUCUUUCAGGUAAUUUGUAGAUACCAUCCCAAUAGAAUGUUUCUUGUUUUGAGGCAAACCAUUCAGAGACCCAAUUUUUCACUUCUUUGUACAUUUUGAAGUGCUGCUCAGAAAGUGCAUGUGCCAUCUAUUGGAACAAAUAGUAAUCUGAAGAAGCAAGGGCUGGUGAAUACGGUGGGUGGGUUAAUACUUCUCAGGCAAGUUCUUUCAAUGUGUCUUUAACUGGUUUUGAAGUGUGUGAUAGUGCGUUAUCAUGAAGCAAAAUUACUUUGCAGCGUC